AUGAUCGAUAUUUUAAUAUCAAAUAUACAUGGUCAUAAAAUUGCGGAAAAUUUACGAUCAUUCACUACUUUGCCACAUUUAGCUGGAACACGAGCUAAUGCUAAAGUAGCUGAAAAGAUAUCUAAACUUUGGAAAGCUAAUGGUUUAGAAGAUGUACAUUAUGUGAAAUAUGAUGUAUUAUUAUCAUAUCCGGAUUAUGAUAAUCCCAAUCAUUUGCAUAUAUUUGAUAAGAAUGAUAAGAUUGUUUACACAACUAAAAGUGUCAGUCCACCACUGAUACCAAAAGAGCAAAGCGCUAAAGGAGCCGGAAUACGUUGGUUAGCUUAUUCUGCAAAUGGAACAAUUCGAGGUCAAGUGGUUUAUUGUCAUUUUGGACGAAAGGAAGAUUUUGAACGUUUAAAAUACUACAAUAUUGAUCCUAAGGGUAAAAUAGCUAUGAUAAGAUAUGGGAAAAUUUUUCGCGGUGACAAAAUAUGGAAUGCUCAAUUAGCGGGUGCUAUUGGUGCUAUUUUAUUUUCGGAUCCUUUUGAAAUAGCACGAGAUGGUACAGAGAAAGAAAAUGUCUAUCCAAAUAGUGAAUGGUUACCAAAUGUUGGUGUACAACGUGGUAGUAUUAUGCAUGGUAAAGGUGAUCCACUUUCACCAUUAUAUCCAUCCAAAAAAGAUUUAUAUCGUUCAAAAACAAUCAAAGAGGCUAUGAAUGAUUAUGUGCUACCAAAAAUUCCAGCAUUACCAAUAAGCUAUUCGGAUGCUUAUCAGGUAUUAUCAUAUAUGCGAGGUUAUUUAGCACCAUUUGAUUGGCAUGGUGGUCUUAAUGUAACUUAUUAUCUUGGACCUGAAAUGAAGGAAAAUAAUGAAAUUCAAAUUACCGUUCAUUCAACACUGGAAAAUAGAACAAUUCGAAAUGUGAUAGGAUAUAUUCGUGGUACAACAGAUCCUGAUAAAUAUGUCAUCUUAGGUAAUCAUUAUGAUGCUUGGGUUUAUGGUGCAUUAGAUCCAAAUAGUGCUACAGCAAUAUUAGCUGAAGUUGCUCGAGGUAUUGUACAAACUAUGAAAAUAACAAGAUGGAGACCAGGGAGGACAAUUGUUUUUUGUAAUUGGGAUGCUGAAGAAUAUGGUUUAAUUGGAUCAACAGAAUUUGUUGAAGAAUAUGCAAAUUUAUUAAAUCAACGAGCAAUAGCAUAUUUCAAUGUGGACAAUAUACACUCCAAUUAUUCAUUGCAUGUAAAUACCGUACCAACAUUGUAUCAAUUUAUGGCAAAAAUAUCAAAAUUAAUUCCAAAUCCGAUGAAAUCGGAGGAAAAACAUGGUCGAAAAACUCUUUAUGAUACUUGGUUCAAAACUUUCCCAAGUAAUAUUACUUUCUUACCGGAUAUACCAUCAAUGCUAAUUCCAAGAGGUCAAAGUGAUCAUGCACCAUUUUUGAAUUAUCUUGGUAUACCUGUUGCUGAUAUUACUUACAGGAAUAAAACAUCAUACGAUAAUUAUCCGUUAUAUCAUUCAUUGUAUGAGACAUCAUUUACUAAUGAACAUAUCAUUGAUACAAAUAAUUUAGCGGUUCAUGAAGCUGUGGGUAAAUAUUGGGCAGCAAUUGUUUGCAAAUUUGCUGAUUUACCUGUACUUCCAAUAAAUAUAACAGAUCUUGCACUUAGCAUUGUUUACAUUUACAUUCCACCAAUUAAGCAAUCAUUAGAUAAAUUGAUAUAUUAUGAGGAUAUAUUAUACGAUGCUAAAUAUCAGUUUAAUUGCUUAUUUAAUACUUCUAUGGAAUUUCUGGAAAAUACGAGAAGAUUCGAUAAUAUUAUUCAAUAUACUUUACUCAAUCAUUUCACUGAUUUCUAUGAUCUGAGGCAUUUUUCAUGGAUUAAUGAUCGUUUGAUGGGUGUUGAACGAUGUUUUAUCAAUCCACGUGGUAUACCGGAUGAACCAUCAAAACGACAUUUACUGUUUAGUGUUAGCAGUAAAAAUAAACAUCGUUUUAUUACUUUAAGUAUUGUUCAUGAUGCGAUCGAUGCAUUCAACAAAGCAGGAAGUGACGCUGAACGUGUUAUGCAUGCACGUCAAAUUGCAUUUCAGAUAUCUGUCAUCCAGCAUGCCAUCCAAUGUGCAAUUAGUAUGUUAAACGAUAGAAUUUAA